UAGGAUCCCAUCUCUCUCUCUCUCAAAAACUCGAAAAUUUUUGAGUUCCAAACUCUCUCUUCCCUUCUUCUAUUGAACGCUCCACGGCUUCUUCUUCUUCUCUUCCCUCAUUCACCCCCAAAUUCAUUCUUUCUCUUCUUUUCACUGUUCCUUUUUCUUAAUUGUUCCUCUAACGUAGAAGCGCGGGAGAGAGAGGCACACAUAAAAUUAACCUAUUUUCCUUUUUUUUCUUACCCCUUUUUUCUGCUCUCUUUUUUUUUUUUCACUUAUUGUUCUUCUUGUUCUUGCUGUUGCUGCCUCGGAUCAAACCGGUCACAGUUGUUUUUCGCUUCAGAGAUCUCUUCUGCUCGACUUGUGUUUUUCCAGCAAAACUUCAAUUUUCCCGUGAAAAUCGACAAAUUGUUGCAGAGAUGAAGAGGACAAGGGAUGAUGCUUUCUCUGGCUCUCAAUUCAAACGGCCCUUUGCUUCCUCACGUGGUGAUUCCUAUGGCCAAACCCAAGGUGCUGGAGGAGGAAGUGGAGGUGGUGGUGGUGGAGGAGCAACCCCGUCUCAGAAAUUGACAACCAAUGAUGCCUUAACUUAUUUGAAGGAAGUGAAAGACAUGUUUCAGGAUCAGAGAGAAAAAUAUGACUUGUUCCUUGAGGUCAUGAAAGAUUUCAAGGCUCAGAGGACUGACACUGCUGGUGUCAUAGCAAGGGUGAAGGAGCUAUUCAAAGGGCACAACAAUUUGAUAUUUGGAUUUAACACUUUCUUGCCUAAGGGAUAUGAGAUAACACUUGAUGAGGAAGAGGCUCCUCCGAAGAAAACAGUUGAAUUUGAAGAAGCGAUUAGUUUUGUGAACAAGAUAAAGAAACGAUUCCAAAAUGAUGAGCAUGUUUACAAAUCAUUCUUGGACAUUUUGAACAUGUACCGCAAAGAGCACAAGGACAUUGGUGAGGUUUAUAACGAGGUUGCUACCCUUUUCAAGGACCAUAGAGAUUUGCUUGAUGAGUUCACUAGAUUCUUACCAGAUACUUCUCAAGCACCUUCUGCACAGCAUGCUCCAUAUGGUCGAAGUUCAUUGCAACGAUUCAAUGAGCGGAGUUCUACAGCACCCAUGAUGCGACAAGUGCAUGUAGACAAGCAACGUUAUCGACGAGACAGGAUUCUUGGCUCUCAUGAUCGUGAUCAGAGCGUUGAUCGAGCUGAUCUGGAUGAUGACAAAAUAAACAUGCACAAGGAGCAGAGGAAACGUGAGAAUAGGGAUAGAAGAGUCCGUGAUCAUGAUGAGAGAGAACAAGAUCUUGAUAAUGGCAGGGAUUUGAACUUGCAACGCUUUCAAGACAAAAAGAAAUCUGUCAAGAAGGCGGAAGGGUUUGCCAUGGCUUCUGACUUUCCUUCAUAUGAUGACAAAGAUGCGUUAAAGACCAUGUAUGGUCAAGCAUUCAGCUUCUGCGAGAAAGUUAAGGAGAAGUUGAGCAGUUCUGAUGACUACCAAGCAUUCUUGAAGUGCCUUCACAUUUUCAGCAAUGGGAUAAUAAAAAGGAACGAUUUGCAAAAUUUGGUAACUGAUUUACUUGGAAAACACUCCGAUCUAUUGCAUGAAUUCAAUGAUUUCCUGGAGCGUUGUGAAAAUAUUGAUGGAUUCCUUGCUGGUGUCAUGAGUAAAAAGUCCCUGUCUACCGAUGGUCAUAUAUCAAGAUCAUCAAAGUUGGAGGACAAAGAUAAAGAGCACAAGCGUGAGAUGGAUGGACCUAAAGAGAAAGAAAGAUACAGUAAAUACUCGGGAAAAUCCAUUCAAGAACUUGAUCUUAGUGAUUGCAAACGUUGUACUCCAAGCUACAGGCUGCUGCCUGCAGAUUAUCCAAUUCCUGUGGCUAGUCAGAGAUCUGAACUUGGAGCUCAAGUAUUGAAUGACCAUUGGGUAUCUGUGACUUCAGGAAGCGAGGAUUACUCUUUCAAACAUAUGCGCAGGAAUCAGUAUGAAGAAAGCUUAUUCAGAUGCGAAGAUGACAGAUUUGAAAUGGACAUGCUAUUAGAGUCAGUGAGUUCUGCUGCGAAACGUGUAGAGGAGUUGUCUAAUAGCAUUAAUGAGAAUAAGAUGGAGAACCUGGGCCGGAUUGAAGAUCAAUUCACUGCUUUAAAUUUAAGGUGUAUUGAACGUUUGUACGGUGACCAUGGUCUCGAUGUGAUAGACAUUUUGCGUAAAAAUCCAACUCAUGCUCUGCCUGUAAUAUUGACUCGACUUAAGCAGAAACAAGAGGAGUGGACUAAGUGUCGUGCAGAUUUCAAUAAAGUUUGGGCUGAAAUUUAUGCUAAGAACCACUACAAGUCACUCGAUCACCGUAGCUUCUAUUUCAAGCAACAAGAUUCAAAGAACUUGCACACGAAAUAUUUGGUGACUGAGAUUAAAGAAAUUAAAGAGAAGCAGCAAAAAGAGGAUGAUAUUCUUCAGUCCAUUGCUGCUGGAAGUAAACAGCCUCUAACUCCACAUCUUGAGUUUGAAUAUCCUGAUGCUGCAAUUCAUGAAGACUUGUAUAAACUUAUUCGGUAUUCAUGUGAGGAGAUUUACUCUAGUAGGGAGUUGAUGAAUAAAACUAUGAGGCUCUGGUGUACCUUUUUGGAGCCGAUGCUUGGUGUUCCUUCCCGAUCACAUGGGACAGAAAAGGUGGAAGAGAGGAAAGCAGGGCCUAAUGUUGGCAAUGCAGGCAAUGGAAGUCCUCAUGGAGACUCCAUUUCAAUUAAUUCAAGGUUACCAAAAUCUGACAAGAAUGAAGCGGAUGGUAGAGUACCUGAUGUAAAGAAUGUUCACCGGACUAGUGCUGCAGCUAAUGAUAAAGAAAAUGGAUCUGUUGGUCGUGAAAAUUUCUGUAGAGAUGAACCCCCACUGGAUAAAGGGCAGACAAAUAUAGAGUGCAACAAUAAAGUCUCUGGGAUUAAUAAACAAUUUUCUGCUGAUGAACAAGGAGCUAAAAACAAUGCAUUAAUUUCAGUUAGAGGAGAAAAAUUAGAAGAUAAUCCUAGCAGGAACAACGAAGAAUUGACUCCAGAAGGCGCUGUCACUACUCCUUCUCGACCUACUGACGCUGACGAAUCCGUACCUAAACCUCAGGAAGUAAAUGCUACUUUGGUAGAGGGGUCUGAUGUUACAGCUCCAGUUACAGUGGCCGAUGGGGUACCAACUCAGAGCAGUAAAGUUAGAAGCCAUGAAGAAUCUGCUGGGCCUUGUAAAACUGAGAAGGAAGAGGGCGAGUUAUCACCAAAUGGUGAUUCGGAGGAGGAUAACUUUGUUGCUUAUGGAGAUUCAAAUGUGCAGUCAAUGUCCAAGUCAAAGCACACUAUUGAGAGAAGAAAAUAUCAGUCCAGAAUUGGAGAGGAUGAGUCCUGCCCAGAGGCUGGAGCAGGCGAUAAUGAUGCAGAUGCAGAUGAUGAGGACAGUGAAAAUGUGUCUGAAGCUGGUGAAGAUGUCUCGGGCAGUGAAUCUGCUGGUGAUGAAUGCUUCCGAGAGGACCACGAGGAUGAGGAAGAUAUAGAGCAUGAUGAUGUUGAUGGUAAGGCUGAGAGUGAAGGUGAAGCAGAGGGUACAUGUGAUGCACAAUCUGCUGGAGGAGAUGGUUCAUCUCAGCCACAUUCAGAAAGGUUUCUUUCGUCUGUGAAACCUCUGACAAAGCAUGUUUCAGCAGUGUCAUAUGUUGAAGACAUGAAGGAUUCAAGGGUGUUUUACGGAAAUGAUGAUUUCUAUGCACUUUUUAGGCUUCAUCAACUUCUUUAUGAAAGGAUCUUGUCUGCAAAAACCAAUGCCACGAAUUCAGAAAUGAAAUGGAAAGCCAAGGAUGCCAGCUCCCCAGAUCCUUAUUUGAAAUUUAUGGAUGCAUUGUACAGCCUUCUUGAUGGAUCUUUUGAGAAUGCAAAGUUUGAAGAUGAAUGUAAACUAGUUAGACAUCUUCAAAAUGUUGCAACAGAUGAUAUGGCCAAUAAGCUGCUCCAAUUGUAUGAGUACGAAAAGUCUCGGAAACCUGGGAAACUAAACGAUUCAGUAUAUCAUGCAAAUGCACAUGUUAUACUUAAUGAGGACAAUAUAUAUCGAUUGCAAUGUUCCUCACCACCCUCUCGGCUAUCCAUCCAGCUCAUGGACAAUAUGAAUGAAAAGCCUGAGAUGUUUGCUGUUUCUAUUGAUCCAAAUUUUUCUUUUUACCUUCACAAUGAUUUUCUCUCCGUCCUUCCUUCUAAAAAGGAACCCCAUGGCAUUUUACUUCAAAGAAACAAACGCAAAUUUGGAGAUAUUGAUGAGCUUUCUGGAAUAACUUCUGCUAUGGAAGGUGUCAAGCUAAUUAAUGGCUUGGAAUGUAAGAUAGCUUGCAGCUCGUCCAAGAUCUCCUAUGUUCUCGACACACAAGAUUUCUUUUUCCGGCCGAAAAGGAGAAGGCAAGCGUCACCGGAAACCAGAUCUUGUCGGCACCGGAGGGACAGAGAGGAAAGAUACCGCAGGUUGAUGGCGACCGUGUCUCAAUGACUUGUAUCUUAAUAACAUUGACUGGAACCCCAUUAGGUAACAAGAAGCAGCUUCCAGAAUUGUUCUCUUGACAAUCUAUUGAACACAUGGAAGACUCACUCACAUUAUACUUUAAUGUUUAUAUGAGUCUUGGUGUAGCAACAAAGAAACAAAAAAAAAAAAAACCUAGGAAUCUUGAGGUUCUUGAUUUUUAAUUUUAUUAUUUUUUUUAUUGUCAUAAUGCACUUGAAUUUUUCAUGUGAAUGUAGGGGAGGGGAAUGUACAUGUAAAGUGUGCUACUUGAUUAUGUUUAUGAGGGUCUCAUGCAUGGGUUUCACUCCUUUGUAAAUAGUCUCUGUUGCAUAAUAUAUUUGUAGAUUAUUGUUUACCAUAAUGAAUAUUGUUCUUAUUUGCCAAA